AUGCCGAUGUCCCCAGCGGUCCUCUGCCUGCUCGCCUCGCUGCUGCCCGCCGCCUCUGGCUCCCUCUGGGCAUGGAUGUACUCCCUGCCCCAGCACCUGCCCCACGAAGCCACGCUGGGCAGGAGUGCCAGCCCCGGGGACAAGCUAGAGGAGGUGACUCCGUGCAGCCCGGGCACCCCCUGUGCCCACGGACACUUCUGCGAUGAGCACUUCGGUCUGUGCCUGCCCAGGCGCCCCGCGGGGCAGUACUGCCGCCGGGACACCCACUGUGCCCACGGCCUCCUCUGCAUGUUCGGGAAGUGCCAGCAGCCCGUGCCCGACGGGCAGGAGGGAGCCCGGUGCCAGCGGGAUGAGGACUGCGGCGCGGGCGGCUGCUGCGCACGGCAGCACGGCGAGAGGGUGUGCCAACAGCGGCUGGCACUGUCUCAGAGCUGCCAUGUGCCACCCGGGGGGCUGGCCUUCAGCAUCAACCAGAUUUGCCCCUGCCAGGCUGGACUGGUCUGCCGGCCCGGCGCACCCUCCAGAGAGAAGGCGUUCGAGUACUGGCCGGAGAAGAGCGAGUGGAGAUGUCGGCAGCCCUGAGCGCUGCCCCGCGGGUACCACUGCACAGAGCGCGUCCGGAGCCCGCCGGGCACCAACGGACCGGGCUGAGCCCGGCUGCUGCUGGCACCGGCACCCUGGCACCGGCUGCCACGAGCCUUGCGACCCUCCUGCGUCAGGAGCUGGGCAGGUCCCAGCCCCACCCCGGUCCUGGCCUCUUCUAGGGCACCGCUGAGGGCUCACAGCCCAGAGAGAGAUGCGAGAGGCACUACCGAGCCCACACGGGCAGCACUGCAGAGCUGAGUUGUGCCCGGGCUCAGCACUGCAGCCCCCAGGUGGGUACCACCACAGAGAUGAGCUGUGCCCGGGCUCAGCACUGCAGCCCC